UUGGGUGGAAAUAAAUAAUUCGGCCAGGAGAAGAAUCUGAACCCAGAGAAGCAUAUGCCUCAAACUCCAUUUAACCAUAUUCAUUCACCUUCUUCGGCGGCGUUUUCCCUCUUCACAGUCGCACUCCAAAACCGACGCCGUUUCACCUCCUCUCUGUCUCUCACAUUCACAAACAUCUCAUUUUUAUCAUGUCUGUGAUGUCCGCCACGUCUCUUCUGCAAUCCCGUUUCCAGCACUGCCCCUCGCCGUCUCUCUCCGUCCUCUGUCCUUCUUCGUCCUUUCACAUCUCCGUCUCUCCACCGCAACAACCAAGGCUUGCCGAUACGACAAUCACCUGCUGCGUUUCGCAGUCUCAACUUUCGGUUGUGAAUGGCAAGAUCGACAGUCCAGUCUAUGAGCGCAACGAAAUUCGACUUGGCUUGCCAAGCAAAGGCCGCAUGGCCGCCGACACUCUCGAUCUCCUCAAGGACUGUCAACUAUCAGUCAGACAGGUCAAUCCUCGACAAUACAUUGCUCAAAUCCCUCAGCUCUCAAAUUUGGAAGUUUGGUUUCAACGGCCAAAAGACAUUGUACGGAAGUUGUUAUCAGGAGAUUUAGAUCUUGGUAUUGUAGGCUUGGAUACAGUCAGUGAAUAUGGACAGGGAAGUGAAGAUCUUAUCAUUGUUCACAAUGCUCUUGAGUACGGGGAUUGUCGUUUAUCCCUUGCUAUCCCCAAAUAUGGGAUUUUUGAAAAUGUGAAUUCACUGCAAGAGCUAGCUCAAAUGCCACAAUGGACUGCUGAGAAACCUCUACGAGUUGCUACUGGCUUCACUUAUCUGGGUCCCAAGUUUAUGAAAGAAAAUGGAUUAAAGCAUGUGGUUUUUUCUACUGCUGAUGGAGCCUUAGAGGCUGCUCCAGCGAUGGGGAUUGCUGAUGCUAUUUUGGACCUUGUGAGUAGUGGGACAACUCUAAGAGAGAACAACUUGAAAGAAAUUGAUGGUGGAGUUGUGUUGGAAAGCCAGGCUGUUCUUGUAGCAAGCAGGAAGUCAUUGAUCCAGAGAAAAGGGGUACUGGACACCACCCAUGAGAUUCUUGAAAGAUUUGAGGCCCAUUUGAGGGCACUGGGCCAGUUCACGGUUGUUGCAAACAUGAGGGGAAGUAGCGCAGAGGAAGUAGCUGAGCGGAUAUUGAGCCAAACUUCAUUAUCUGGGUUGCAGGGACCCACUGUCAGUCCUGUUUUUCGUAAACGCGAUGGGAAGGUAACAGCUGAUUAUUAUGCGAUCGUCAUUUGUGUACCCAAGAAAUCACUAUACAAGUCUGUACAGCAACUAAGAGCGAUUGGAGGUAGUGGGGUUCUAAUCUCGCCAUUGACCUACAUAUUUGAUGAAGAGACUCCAAGAUGGCGGGAGCUUCUCUCAGAACUUGGGCUUUAAUCUGCGUUUUACUGUCCAUGCUGGAGUGAUCCUUAAGAGAAUCCUGACAAAAACUGUGAAAUUUGGAUGUACAAUUUGACAAUUUUGUAUUGUUGUCUUUGUUUGUUUGAAUAUUUAGACAGCUUUUGUACUCUAUUUGAUCUUUCACUGUAACGAGAAUGACGGUAUAGAAAAACAUUUCUAGAUUGUAUACCAUAAUUGGGUUAUUGUUU